AUGGUCUUUGGUGACCCCUCUGACCUCCUUCGCAACGCCUCCAAGGGUCCCGACCCAAAGAUGUGGGACCAAACAGGCCGCGCUUGUUCGGAGGAAUUGCGAGCGAAGAGCAAGAAUUUAAAGCACAAUUCGGAUGACAGAAAUAAACGCAAUGCCAUUGCCAACACACUUAAAGAAUUGGCUCAGAUGUUGCCCAUCCCCUUGCGGACUGGCUGCAAGAGGCUGACGAAGAAGGAAGUUCUUCUCCGGGUCCUCCGCUACAUUGAGCACUUGCAGGCAAACAUCGAUACUGCCAAAUCCUUGCUCCAAGCCAAGUCUGAUGAACCAAAAGCGAAAGAGACUGAGCUGGUGGUGAUACCGACCACAAAGAGAAGACGAAGGGAGGCCACGCCACUGGCAAAGAAAACGAAGUCCUCCAAUGUUUGCAAGAAACCCAGGAAGAGGAAACGCAGCCACAGAACAGAACGGCAAGGGGGCAACAAGAGAGCAUGCAAGCGCCUUACUCUGGAGACUGACAACAUCCCUUCCCACGUUGAUGUAAACCGGGAGGGGAAACUGCCCUCUCAGAAGCCAUCUUCUUUCUUUCCUGGAGUCCAAGCUGUAGUAUCCAACUCUCACCUGCCUUUAGAACCGAACUUGGAUAGCAACCAACAGGAAAGCAAAAAGGUCGAGAAUGCUUUUCUGUAUGCCUUUGAUGAGCAGUACCAAUACACUGGGGAACCUGGACAUUCAGUGACGAGUCAGGAGUUGGUGCAAUAUAAUUCCUCUUACGAGGAGGAAGAUGAAGAAGGACUCAACCCCAGCCCUUGGCUCUCAGUCCAGUCUCCAGUGUGGAUCUCUCACGGGAGCUUGCAGUUGCAUUCACCUGGGACCGGGGCACCAAACACUUGUUCCGAUUUGGGGCUCAGCCCUUCGCUUUUCUCCUCUCCGGCUCGGCUGCUCCCCAGGCACAUCCUCCAUGGCGGACAGGAGGAACUUUCCCCAGUGUUGUUUGAAGAUGUCUAUCUAUCCCCUCAGUCCAGUCAUUAUCCUCUGACCCUUUCGGGAACCCUCCUGAGGAAGUCAGCCUUUACGCUGGAUCACUGCUACCUUUCCUGCAGUGAAAUGGAGGAAAGCAGCCCCAGCCCUGCCUCAAGAAUGAAUGAGAUGCCAACCCCAUGGCAGAAAUACUUCUUUCAAAAGGCUGCCAACUUCACGUCCGAAUACCCCGUCACCUCCAGCGACGAGAACAGCGACAGCGCCUGGGUGCCUUGCAAGAGGGUCAGGAAGCCAUCGCAAGCAUCCUCUCACAAAAAGAAGAAGAAGAAAGGGGUGAAGAAGCAGAGGCACCGGGCCGGAGCCUGUGAGAAGCGCAGCGGAACCUCCCCUCUGAAGUUGAAGAAGAAAUGUGUGAACGGGUUUAUCAUGUUCUGCCGCCUGAACCGCAAGCACUACAUCAGGGCUUAUCCAGGCAUGGCUUCCACAGCGGCAACUAGAGAACUAGCCCAGCUGUGGCGCUUGAUGACGAAACAGGAGCGGAGGCCAUAUUGCCUGAAAGCCCGGAGAUUCAGCCGCAUCAACAACCGCAUUGUGAGGGAAGACUUCUCCAGCGGGGAGGAGGAGCCGGAGUCCCCCAAGCCCCUCCAUGUGUUGCUGGCUGAGAAAUCCCUCCCCGGAGCUCAGGUCUUUGGAGAUUUGUCCUUGCUGGAUCUUAUUCCAUAA